AUGAGCACCAACACAGCAUCCCUCAAUGCCGGACAAGGCGCCGGAAACACCUACCAGAACCCCAACAUAAACCCAUCGACCUCGCAAGGCACCGGUUCCGUGAACCUGGGUCAGCAGCGCCUCGGCGGCGACAGCACGAACCCCGACGGCGCGUCUCGCGGCACCACGACACAGAACGACAUCAGCGCCACGCAACUGGGAAGCUCCCUCGGGCAGGAAGCGAGCGGCACAGGCGCCUCUUCCACCAACGGCGUCGGAUCAAACAGCUCAACCAUUGGAGGAGGUGACGCACCGACGUCGCGAACAGGUGGUGUCGCCCAGCAGAUCAAGGGUGCUUUUGCUCAAGGACAUGGUGUAGGCGAGAUCUUGAGAGGAAAGGUCAACUCGGCCGUGGACACCAUGGCAGGCGACUCGCAGGGCAUGGCCAUAGACAAGCGCACGACGACUGCUGGCGAGAGGGAAUAUGCCAAUAAGGAGUUUGCCAAGAAGACGAGUACGGACUAG